AUGCAUUAUGCAGGUCCUUAUCAUUGUUGGUUCAACAAAUUUGAAGGGACCAAAAAUUUGUUUAAAAAGGAUGGGAUCUUCUUGGUUCUCUCUGGUCAUUUCUUGGGAAGUUCUUUAUCGAAUGGCUUAGAAACUGUCAUUUUGAUUGAAAAAAUAAAGUUACUUCAGCAAAGAUUUCCUCAGCUCCAUAUCAUGGGUUUUCAGUCUGGAGGUUCUGCUUGUUCUGCUGCUGACAGAAGUAACUUAAUCCAAUUGAUAAUGAAAGAAAAUAUUACAUUUCCCAUUUUGUUAUCUAACAAGAACUUUUCCGAGGUGGCAAACGGGGCGUGCUCCAUUUUAUUUAAAAAUUUUAGGAAGCCAGUAUUUUUUCGUGAGAAGGAUCUAAAUUUUGAAGUUAUUGAGAAAGCUGUUGAGGAAUUACAAAGGGAGCACAAUGGAAAUGCUAGGUCACCUAAUAACUUGUUCACUAUUAGUCCAAAGCGAGAUGAGAUCAUCAAGAAACCAAAUUUAUGUUCUAUGCGGAACUUACUUUUUUACUUCCCAGGAUGCAUUUCUGCUGAUGAAAGUGGGGAUCGUCUAUUCAUUUCUGACAGCAAUCAUCACCGCAUCAUUGUAUCCAAUGGCAAUGGAAAGAUUCUGGACUGUAUUGGUUCAUCCCCCGGUUUUGAGGAUGGUGAAUUUGAAUCUGCCAAAUUGAUGUGCCCGGCAGCUUCAUUUUAUCAUGAAGAUGAGAAUUGCUUGUAUUUCGUUGAUUCAGAGAAUCAUGCUAUCAGGAGAGCUGAUAUGGGAAGGCGGGUGCUAGAGACUUUCUGUCCAGCAUGCAACACUGGUAAGAAGAGUUUUUGGACGUGGAUCAUGGAAAAGCUGGGUUUGAGAAGCAAUGUUGAUACCAAGCCUGAAGAAUUUGAUAUUCAAUCACUUAUGUUCCCUUGGCAUCUGAUAAAAUCAGCCGGCGACAAUUUGUUAGUUAUAAAUCGAAGCUUUCAAACUUUAUGGAUUAUAAAUUUGGCCAUAGGGGAGAUAGAGGAAGUUGUCGAAGGUUUAUCAAAAAUUUUGGAGACCUAUGGAGAGCAUAUCUUGGAGAAAGUAGGCCUCUUGAAACAAAUGCCAUAUGAUUGGUUGCAACAGCAAGCUAAUGCUGCUUGUUCACCAGAUGAGCUUCCAAAUGCUGGUCUCAUAUCUUCGUUGACAACCUUUAAUGACCAUCUGAUUAUUUGUGACAUGGUUGGACAGAGAGUUUUGAAACUAAGUGGGGAGUCUAAAGUCUGUUCGAACUUGCAAUUUUCGAAAUUUGGAAUCCUUGGGUUGCCUUAUUGGUUGUCACCACAUUUGGAGAGAGCAUAUACUGGUACUGAUGGGCUUCAGGGACCACAGAUUGAUCAUCUUCAGUGUUUCAGUUUGCUGCCAGGUAAAAUUAGCAUACAGCUAAACGUAAACAUCCCUGUGGAUACUCAAUUAGUAGAACAGUUACAAGAAGGCUCUAUAUGGUGUCAGGCACGAGGUGUUGCUGCUAUAGUGUCAGAAGUAAAGGAUUUAGCAGGAUCCCCAGACAAGGUUGGUUCUGCCCAAAAAUGGUAUGAUGAGCUGGAUAAUCUUGCCUUUACAACUCCUGAACCGGAAUUGACCGAGGAAGACGAGGAUAUAACUUCAGACACAAUAUUUCAAGAUGAGAAAGUUCAUAUUACUACUGCUGUCAACACGAGUCCUGGAAAUAGUGAGGUUAUUAUCAAUGCAGUACUGUACUUAAAACUACGAAGAGACCUUGACCAAUUGGAGGAGAAUCAAGAGAAAUAUGCAGCAAGGAUAGUUGAUAUAUUGAACUCAGGGAGAAGUGGAAAGGUUGAAAGAGAGUCGUGCAUUAAGUUCUUGUUAAAAGCAAAUAGGGAUUUGAGAGAUCUUAUUUUCAUGAGACCUCUUCAUGUGAGGAUGAAAGUGGAUAGUUUUGAUCACCCAAAAGAUGAUAACUCUAGAGAUUCCAUCUUAACAGAAUCCUCCAUUGAGGUUAAUGUAUCCCUUUAAUUCGUAAUGCCUAUUUUGUGAUAAUUCUAUGAUUUAUUUGUGCUGUAAUGUUGUAUCAA